GCCCCCGGACGGGGCGGUGCCGUCGGGGCCGCGCCGCGGAGCCGGGACCGGGAGCGGGAGCGGAGCAACGGCGGAGAGAGGUUAUCGGGAGCGUUUAAACCAGGCUCACCUCCUAACUUGCUGUUUGCACUGGAGAGGCGUAUUGACAUGAAAACGAUGGCAGCCAUCAGGAAGAAGCUGGUGAUCGUGGGGGAUGGAGCCUGCGGCAAGACGUGUCUGCUGAUCGUCUUCAGCAAGGACCAGUUCCCCGAGGUCUACGUCCCCACCGUGUUCGAGAACUACAUCGCUGACAUAGAGGUGGACGGGAAGCAGGUGGAGCUGGCCCUGUGGGACACGGCAGGACAGGAGGACUACGACAGGCUGCGGCCACUCUCCUACCCGGACACAGACGUUAUCCUCAUGUGCUUUUCUAUCGACAGCCCGGAUAGCCUUGAGAACAUCCCCGAGAAGUGGACGCCGGAGGUGAAGCACUUCUGCCCCAACGUGCCCAUCAUCCUGGUGGGGAACAAGAAGGACCUGCGGAACGAUGAGCACACGCGGCGGGAGCUGGCGAAGAUGAAGCAGGAGCCGGUGAAGCCGGAGGAGGGGAGGGACAUGGCCAACAGGAUCAACGCCUUCGGCUACCUCGAGUGCUCAGCCAAGACCAAGGAGGGCGUGCGGGAGGUCUUCGAGAUGGCCACCCGUGCAGGGCUGCAGGUCCGGAAGAACAAGAGGCGCCGGGGCUGCCCGUUGCUGUGAGCAGCCCCCAUGGGUCCACAGGCAGCCGUUGGCACCCGGUGCUGCCGGCGGCCGAAACGGGACCCCGUGGUGCCAGUACCUGCCCCGAACCCUCUGCUCGAGAACUGCCACCCAAGCCUGUGGGGUGUCCCUGUGUGUCCCCGGGGUGGUGAGGGGCCAGUGCCUUCAGUCCCUUCUGCUCUCCAUGGGCCGGGCAUUUUGCGUAGCUCUUUGUGUCACCCUGUUUUGUACCAAUUUCCCUGGUUUUGCCUCUCCCUGGGGACUGUCGCAGUGUUUGCCCUCCCUCCCCAGCUCCGGGCAGGUGCCGCAGGAGAUGCCCCUGGCUGCUGCCCCCCAGCUUGCCUGCGGGGUCUGCUGGGCCUUGGGGUGCUCUGCCCGCUCCCCACGGCACCGGGGUUUUGUAUGGACUUGCUCGGGGCAGGUUUCAGCCCCGUCUGCGUGCGGAGCCGCUGCCAGGAGCGCUCUGCCCCCGGGACCCGCGCUGGGGCAGCGUCUCUGCCCAGCUCUGCCAGUAACGCCGCCGGCGAGUCGGCACUGGUCACGGACACCACACCAGUCAACUGAACUGCGUCAUGGGGAGAAUAAAUGCAAAUGGUAUUUUAGGAAUUGUAA